GGUAGCUGACGUUUGUUGUCAUCGACCAGUGUAUCCAGUGUAUAGUCAGUUCACUACGAUGAGAAUCUCUAUCACUGCCCUUCUUCUCGCCCUGGUCGCCUUCACGGCUGCUACAUCUGCUGCUCCAGUGACAGGGGAGGAUGGUCACGGCGACCGCCACGUGCGCGCCACGUGUGAUCUGCUGAGCGCUCUAGGCGUAGGGGACUCUGCCUGCGCCGCCCGCUGCAUCGGCAUGCGGAAAGGCUUCAGGGGCGGCUACUGCGAUAAGGGCGUCUGCCACUGCCGCAAGUAG